AUGGCGCAGAAUAUAAAAGAACAGCUGGUUGGCAGGUCUACUGAGCCACCGAUGAGCGCACAUGUCAAAGCCCAUUUUAUGCAGCACGCGAGGGUAGACAGUGAAUCUGGUGAACUAUACAUGACAAGAGAAGACUUUAUUGAAGCCAUCGCCCCUAAGAAUGAAGACUAUCACAAAAUAAAACGGGAACAAUAUGGCAUUCUCUUUAGCGUUGCCGACCGAAGACAUACCGGCAAGGUCAACCUCCAGGACUGGUCAAUGUUUGAGGACCUUCUGGCCAAACCAGACGCAGAGUACGAGAUUACAUUCAGACUCUUCGAUACUGAGGGAACGGGAAUAGUCAAGCAUGAGACGCUACAGAAGCUGUUCAGCUCUGCCAAGGACGGCAGCAACAUUCCAUUCGACUGGAAUUCGGGAUGGGCUGCGCUCUACACCGGCUCGAAAAAGACAAGACAUGACAUGACAUAUCCGCAAUUUGCUCAGAUGCUUCGCGGGUUGCAAGGAGAGCGAAUAAGACAGGCAUUCCACCUCUUCGAUAAAGACGGCGACGGCUAUAUCGAGCCAGAAGAUUUCCAGCGCAUCAUCUUAGAAACCUCGCAACAUAAGCUGUCAGAUCACCUGUUGGAAAACCUGCCUACGCUAUGCAACAUCUCGUCCGGCAGCAAGAUAUCAUACGCAAACGUGCGUGCAUUCCAGAACAUCAUCAGAGAAAUGGACAUUAUAGAUUACAUUAUCCGCAGCGCCGUUCGCAAGAGUGACGACGGAAAGAUCACUCGCUCCGAUUUCUUGAACGAGGCCGCACGCAUCACUCGCUUCUCACUUUUCACGCCAAUGGAAGCCGACAUCCUCUUCCACUUCGCCGGUCUCGACGCACCAUCCGGUAGACUCGAACUCGGAGAUUUCGCAAAGGUCAUUGAUGCUUCGUGGCACAGCGCCAGCGUUUUGGGCAGAGAGGCAUUGGCCGGUGUAUCCAAGGCAAGCGAAAAAGUCACUGGAACAAGCAGUCAAUUGCUUCACAACAUCCUGGAAUCUGUCCAUCAUUUUGCCCUUGGAAGUAUUGCCGGUGCGUUUGGCGCGUUUAUGGUCUAUCCGAUUGAUCUCGUCAAAACCAGAAUGCAGAACCAGAGAAGCGCACGUGUCGGUGAGAAGAUGUAUAUGAACUCACUCGACUGUGCUAAGAAGGUCGUUCGGAACGAAGGUGUUCUGGGAUUGUAUUCUGGUGUAAUCCCCCAAUUGAUUGGAGUUGCACCCGAAAAGGCUAUCAAGCUUACCGUCAACGAUCUGGUACGAGGAUACUUUGCGGACAAGGAUAAGGGCGGCAAGAUAUGGUGGCCUCACGAGGUUAUCGCUGGUGGUACCGCUGGUGCCUGUCAGGUGGUCUUCACCAACCCGCUAGAAAUCGUCAAGAUUCGUCUCCAGAUCCAAGGAGAGAUUGCAAAGAAUGUCAAUGAGGCUGCAGCUCCUCGUAGGUCCGCAAUGUGGAUCGUGAAGAAUCUGGGUCUCAUGGGGUUGUACAAGGGUGCUAGUGCCUGUUUGCUCCGUGAUGUUCCAUUCUCCGCAAUCUACUUCCCAACAUAUUCCCAUUUGAAAACGGAUUUCUUCGGCGAAUCUCCUACCAAAAAGCUGGGUGUUGUUCAACUCCUGACUGCUGGAGCUAUUGCCGGUAUGCCUGCUGCGUAUCUCACGACUCCCUGUGAUGUCAUCAAGACCCGUCUCCAGGUUGAAGCCCGAAAGGGAGAGACCAAGUACACUUCUCUCCGCCACUGUGCCACCACCAUUUUGAAAGAAGAAGGCUUCAAGGCCUUCUUCAAAGGUGGACCAGCACGUAUCCUGCGUUCGUCUCCUCAAUUCGGUUUCACCCUUGCUGCGUACGAAGUACUACAGAAAUGGUUGCCAAUGCCAGGAUCCGAGCACGAAGAAGUGAUUCCAACCGGCUACGUUGAGCCUGGAGCUGGCUUGCAGUCAGCCUCUGGCCCACUACCCUACCUUCGAUCACGGAAUGCGCUGAAACUCAUUUUGGACCUCGAACCGAACUUCGGCCGCCUGCAACCCCCAACGGGUGUUAGCUUGCCAGGGCUGAGCAAGUAA